UAUACACAUCAUUCACAAUACAAUUACAUCCAUCAUUUUUGUUUUAAUUGUAUCAUCAAAGAUGACUAAAAACACUGCUCUCACAAUUUUCAUGGUUCUCUUAGUUAUUGGAAUGGUGAUGGAGGAGACGCAAGGCAAAACAUGUCAUGACUAUAUUCAAGCAGAACACUGUGAAAUUAAUCAGUGUAACCAAGAGUGUUCUACCAAGUGGAAAGGAGUAGGAGUUAAAGGAUCGUGUGAACCACCUGGAUUUGAACCAUUAGACCAGACCUGCCUCUGUAGUUUUAAUUGUGGAAAUUGAUAUUUCUUUAUUAUCUGUAAACUAUCACCAAAUAUAAUUUAAUAAAAUAAUAGGUUGCAAAAUAAAAAAGAAUAUUGCAAUCUUUUCUAAUUUUUAUGUCAAUUUUGAAUUCUGAUUUCAAUUAUUUGACAUCAUGACAUGAGCUAUAAACCAAAUGUAU